AUGGGACUAUACUUUACAAUUACCCAGCUGUCUGUGAUGCAUGUACAGAUUGGUGAUGGUCUGUCUGUUGGGGAUCAGGAGAGUGACUGUGAUGAUGACGACAGGCGGAAAUUGAUCAGUCAUUAUGCCAAUGACAAGUACCUCAGUAAAUGGGAAGUGGCUAAAGAGGAAGAAGAGAUUGAAGAGGAAACAGAAAAGUUGGAUGAGAAAGAGCCAAGUAUAGAAAACUCAGAGUAAGUUUUCGUGUUUGUUAAUUGUGGCAUUUUUAAUCCUUUACACCCGAACAUCAGUGUUUUUAUUCUCCAUAUUGUUGUUUAUACAUUUCCUAAGCAGCUGACAAGGAGAAUUUGUUUAACAAUCAAGAGGUUCUGUAGUUGGUGAUUAUUUCCUUUAUUUUCAUAACCUUAAUGAGUGAUACAGGGGUGAUACUGUGAGGAGAAAAUAAUUUUUUUUAGGGAUUAGAGGGUUAACCCUUCAAGUCUUUUUAACUCCUUCAAUCUGUAAAUUGAAGUACAAAUUCUCCCCACUGUAGUCUUCAAUAUUUUGGUUUUCUUUUUGGGUAAUUGUUAUAAUUUGUAUAAUAGAUACCGGCUCAAAUUCUUUGUGUAUGAGUUGCAAAAUGACCCAUUCUAGAAACAACUGUAGGUAUAUAAAGGUACAAACAAAUGGUACAUUUUCAAUAAAGCUUGCUAGAGGGUAUAAUUUUGUAAUUGUUAAGGGAGUUAUAAAGCUUGGCAUAGCUUAGAUCUAAAUCAAGAUCGUCAGAGUGAGAUGUGGAUAGUUUUUAUUCUGGCUUAAAACAGAGUAUCCUUGACCUUUCAACUCAGUUCCAAUUGAUUGGCACAUGUGGUGACUGGUAGUCACCACUAUCCGUGUUCCACAGAUCAUCAAUUGUAGUUGAGUAAAUUGUCAUCUCUUCCCUUUUUUACUAGGAAGAAAGAGGCAGCCGGAGACAAAACUGUCCAACGUUUAGUGACAGCCAGUGACUGUGAUGAUCUCUCUCGUACAACAGUGUUAGGGACUGUAACCCAUCGGCUGCUCCAAAGACAGCCCCCACGUCAGUGCAUCAUCACCUAGGACUGCUGUCUGAGUCCACUGGCGAUGGAUUGAAGGUAUGUCCUAACAAACCAACUUCAAGUAGAUUUAUGCUACAGGCUAUUUUGUAUGGAGCCAACUAAGAACAUCUAUUAAAAUCUGAGUGGUUUGACGGUUUUUACUGUUAUUGUUAUUAUUUUUUAUUUUUUUUAAUCGUUAUUAUUAUUAUUAUUGAUAUUGAUAUUAUCAUUAUUAUUUAUAUUGAUUUUAUUAUUAUUUUUAUUAUUAUUGUCGUUAUCAUUAUUAUUUUGUAAAUAUUGACUUUUAGACUAUUUAUCGCUCACAAGUAUUUGAAAGAUUAAAUUCUAAAUAAUUGCUGUUUAUUUUGAUAAUUUUACCUGUGAACUCCUAUUUUGCUUCAGCUAUGGAAGUUCUUCAAAGUUAAAAUACAUUUUUGUACACAAGACACAACUUAUUUUUGUUCCAUAUCCAUCGGUAAAUAUUUUGACUGAGUUGUGAAUAAAGCAUUAUUAUUUUUAUUAUUAUUAUUAUCAUUAUUAUUAUUAUCAUUAUUAUUAUUAAUACUUUAGUAGUAUGGAACUUCUCUUUCAUGAUGUCCACCUCCACUAAGGGUACACAAUUUCUAGUGUUGAGGGUGUCCCAAGUGGUCUUAGUUUUCAUUGUAAUACGCCAAAAGAUGUCGAAGCCUUGUUCAGACUGUGUGUAUGGAGAUACAUUCGAGUUGUUCAUGUGGUUGUAGGUUUCUCUACACAGCUUUGGCAAGGUUACGGAGGAAACAUUUAUUUUAAUGCCGUCCGUUGUCAAUCAAUGCGGAUCAACAGUACCAAGUAUGGAAAACUGAAAAAGGACUUUACAAAAAGAUGGAAAUCUAAAUCUUGCACCCCAUUGAACAGAAAAGAUGGUUAUCAGACACAACUAGUGAGUUCAGCCAAAUCAGAUAUGGACAUAGCGAUACCCUCCAGCAGCAAUCUGGGAAGUCUACGUAUGAGAUCUUGUAAGGAGAAGAAAUGCAAAACAGCCACGUGAAGACACGGUGAAAUUCCUAAACCUCUAACUGGGAAGAUAUGUAAGGGGUUCAGUGAAAAACUUUUAACUGAAACGUUUAAGCGGCUACAGGAAGAUGGUGGUUAUGGACUGAAAGGGGAAUCUUUGUCUGUAUCUGGGGGACAAGUUGGCAAUGCACUGAUCGAUCCUAUAGAUAAAGUGAGGCAAUUUAAUACUCAGUUGAAAGGUAGAGACAUUGCAGUGAGUUUGGAGAGAGGCUUCCUUACCUUACUCUCAGAUAGUUCAUUUUUCCGUGACCACAGAAGUUCAACUGUGGUCACUGCCAACGCAGACCCAUUUGUAAAGCUUCCUGUUCUUGGGAACACUGACAAAAAACACAGAAAUAGAAAAACCAAGAAUGGAAGUUCAACUGAGAACAAUUCGAACGAGCCAAGGCCUGUGUUCAUUAUUCCAUUUGGUGCAUUUGAUGAUCCUGUAGAAAGUGAACUUGAAUUAAAACGAAAAGCAGAUAGAAGAGAGAAGCCUUUGUCUAAGAGCCUUACAGAUCGAAAUAACAAUUCGCCAGGGUCUUAAAAAGAGGCGGAAAAUUCUUCGGAAAAACUGGACGAUUCUGUCAUAACAGAAUGCCUCGUAGAUAAAGUUGCGGACGGCAGUGCUCAUAGUAAAAAAAACGAUCAAAAUUCAGUCAAGUAUUCAGUAACAUCCUCUGGUGUUGUCAAGGAUGAAAAGGCGUCAUGUAGCCCUCGAUCACCUAAACAAACUGUACCCGACUUUCAUCUAAAGAGAGAAAAAAGCAACCUUUCUCUGAGUAAUUAUCUGAAGGCUGUACCCACACGAGGUUCACAGGGACGGGAUAGUCUGACAUCUCCCAGGUCAAAUCUGAUGCCAAGGAUUAGCUACACCAAAUGA